AUGGAGGUUGGAGAGUUAGGAAAGGGAUCGUUUGGCAAGGUGUCCAAAGCCGUGGAUCUCGAUUCGGGAUGCUUCAUUCCUAUCGAGAAAAUCCCCGUACCCCCUAAAGUCAACUGUGCGGUGUCUAACGAAGAGAUCCAACUACGGCGUGAAGUGAAAAUUCUCUCCAGCAUUUCUCACCCGGGAAACUUAAGUCAUUUACUUGAGAAGUCUCCCAGCGUACAUACCAACGACAAGGUCCUUAUGCGGCUGGAGCAGGAGAUGCUCGAGGCACUGGAUUAUCUGGCCUUCCGAGGCUGGAUCCACCGGGACGUCGAGCUCGAAGGCCCUUCCCCCUUGUAUAGCGCAGGCACCUGCGCCCGCAGAGUCUGCACAGCAUAG